AUGGCUUCCUUCAAUCCCUUCGCUAGACGUGAAACUCACAGUGCUAGCUCUUUAAAUACCUACCGCGUCCUCGUACCCCUCACCUGGGCGCUGGUCUUGAUAACCGGCCUCUAUUACUCAUUCAAUUCGCCCGACGAUAUCAAGAAGGGCAAGAAGAUCUGGAAAGGAGCCAACAAGCACAACACUCCAUUCAGUCAGAAUAACACAGUGACUGGGAUUUACUGGAUCCUCCUACUUCUCUCUCAGCUCAGCUACGUCUGGCACCUCUUUUCAAAGAACAAUGUUCUCGUUACAGCCGCAGCCAAUGUAGCCACCCACUUCAUCCUGAAUAAUCUGUUCCUCUUUGCAUGGAUCCUCCUCUGGACUCGCAAUCACUUCUGGGGCGCCGAGAUUAUCCUCAUCGCUCACUUGAUUAACCAAACUGUCACCUACUGGCGUCACCGCGGCCUGCCGGCCUUCGUACACCUUCCCGCUGUUGCCGGUCCCUAUGCGUGGACACUAACAGCACUUUUCUGGAACGGUGCGGUAGCAGUCCACAGUCACAACCUUCCUGGUCGUAUUGUUGCGAAUAUCUUUAUCUGGGUUAUUCUUGCAAUCGGCUUAUUUGAUAUCGUCAUCCGUGAGGACUAUAUUCUUGGCUACUGCUUGAGUUUGUUGUCACUGUCGCUGGCACUCCAACAGAUCUCUAUCAAGAUCAUUGCCCUGCAGUGGAUCUUUGCUUUUGUCGUCUUUGGUGUGUUCUUGGCUUCCACGCUCUACAUCUCGACUACCAAGUACACUGGCCGCGACAGUCUCUUCCGCAGCAUUGCUCACCCUGAGUCUUCGGACCGUGAGCGUGAGCCAUUGCUUAACGAGGGGGUGUGA